AUGAAAACAGGAGCUGCCUCAAACUCGGUGGUCCUGUACUGGCAUAGGACAGACUUGAGGCUUCAUGAUUCCCCAGCUUUACAUGCCGCUCUGGCCUUGAACCCAUCGGUCUUUAUUCCAAUCUGGACAUGGGACCAGCAUUAUGUUUAUAAAGCACGAGUCGGGCCCAACAGGUGGAAGUUUCUGCUUGAAUGCCAAAGUGAUUUGUCCAGGGCAUAUACAAAGCUCAAUCCGAAACAAAAGCUCCACGUCGUGCGCGAGGGACCACAGACCAUUCUUCCCAAACUCUGGGAGCAUUGGGGUGUGACACAUCUCGUUUUCGAGAAGGACACAGAUGCGUAUGCUCGAGACCGGGAUAAUGAGGUUAUGCGUUUGGCCCAGAAGGCUGGUGUCGAGGUCAUUGUCAAAUUGGGUCGGACUCUCUUUGACCCCGAUGAAAUUGUCCGAAAAAAUAAUGGCAAACCAACAAUGAGCAUCACCCAACUGGAAAAGGCUGCCGUGAAAAUCAACAAUGGCAACCCGGAGAAGCCACUAGAUCCCCCCUAA